AUGCAAAGCAGCAGGGCUCCGGCCAUCAGCGUCAGCGCCGAGAGCUGCAUCCCGGCAGGGCUGCGGCUGGGUCCCGUGCCGGGCAUCUUCAAACUGGGCAAGUACCUGUCAGACCGCAGGGAGCCAGGACCCAAAAAAAAGGUGCGGAUGGUGAGAGGGGAAUUAGUGGAUGAAGCCGGGAGUUCAGCUCUGGAGUGGAUAGGGUUAAUCCGGGCUGCCCGAAACUCCCAAGAGCAGACACUGGAGGCUGUUGCGGAUCUUCCAGGAGGACAGAUUUUCUACCGGGCUCUGAGAGAUGUCCAGCCGGGAGAGGAGCUCACUGUCUGGUACUCCAACCCUCUGGCGCAGUGGUUUGACAUCCCCGUCACGGCCACCCCGACGCACGACGAGAAAGGGGAGGAGCGGUACAUCUGCUGGUACUGCUGGAGGACCUUCAAGUACCCCAACAGCCUCAAGGCUCACGUCCACUUCCACUGCGCGCUGAGCCACGGCCGGCCCUUCCUCCACCACGACCACGGUCGGCCCUCCGCUGCCACUUUCGGCCUCCCCGCCAAGGAGCCGCCGGCCACCGCCCUGCGCGGCCACCCGCCCCCCGGCUGCGGCCCGCGGGAGCCCGUCAAGCGGGAGGCUGCCGCCGCCUCCCCGCCUCUCGCCAAGCAGGGGCUGCCCAAGAGGGCGGUGGGUAAGGAGGAGCAGGAGCGCGCCCUGGACAUGAGCGUGGGGGCCGCCCGUGGGCCGGGGCCGCUGCUGGGCCCGGCGGGCGGCAAUGGGCUGGCGCUCUGCACCGGGGCGCGUUCGGCCUUCCGCCCUGCCGGGCCGCUGCGGGAGGAGGCGCGGGGCGCCACCGCCCUCGGCUUCUCUAAGUUGCUGGGGGGGCUGAAGGCGGGACGCACCGCCGCCGAGGCACCGCCCAAGUGCGGGGCGCUGCCGGGCGAGGCCGCUCCCCCGGCGGCGGCAGCGGCGGCGGCAGCGGCGGCGGCGGGGCUGGCGUGCGGUGGCGGGCUACGGGCCUUUCCGUUGCUCUCGCCCCUGGAGGAGGCCUCGGCCUUCCGGCAGGUGGAGCGGGGGCUGCCCGCCGCCGCUCUGCCGCCCGCCCGCUACCCGCCGCUGCCCGGUGGGGCUCUGGAGCGGUUCGCGCUGCCGCCCUUCGAGGGGCUGAAGGCGUACGCGGGAGAGUGCGGGCUGCCGGUGAUGCCGCUCACCGUCUACAACGGGGAGCUGCUGUACGGCGCCGCGCCCUACUACCCGCUGAAGCUGCACCUCGGCGGCCUCCUCAAGUACCCCGAGUCGGUGUCGUACUUCGGGGGGCCCGCGGCCGGGCUGCACGCCGCCGAGCUGGGCUCGCUGGCCAGCAUCGACCGGGAGAUCGCCAUGCACACGCAGCAGCUCUCCGAGCUGGCGGCCGAGAAGGGCCGCGGGAGGCUGGAAGCUCUGCCGGCGGGAGCGGCAGGGGCGGCCGGCGGGAAGCCUAAGACCGGGCACUUGUGCCUCUACUGCGGGAAGCUGUACUCCCGCAAGUACGGGCUGAAGAUCCACAUGCGGACUCACACCGGCUACAAGCCGCUCAAGUGCAAGGUCUGCCUGCGGCCCUUCGGGGACCCCAGCAACCUCAACAAACACAUACGCCUGCACGCCGAGGGCAACACGCCUUACCGCUGCGAGUACUGCGGCAAGGUGCUGGUGCGGCGCCGCGACCUGGAGCGGCACGUCAAGUCCCGGCAUCCGGGGCAGAGCCUCGGCAAGGCAGCCGAGGACAAGAGUGACUCUGGCUACGCGCACCCCGAGCAGGAGCAAAAGACUGAUAACGAGAGCGACGUGGACGUUUGCUUCACCGACGACCAGAGCGACCCGGAGAGUGGCAGCAGGAACCGCGAGCAGUGA